AUGAAUUCGGAUAAAUACUCAAAUACUGGAUACGACGAUAAUUCGGCAUUCCGCUUUUCAAAUAACACAUUCGAUCGACUAGUGCGAGUGCGACUACUCGAUUUUGCAAUGCUGCCUCCCAAGAGUAAAUGUUGGAUUUAUUUUAAAAAAGUUGACAAAGUUAAUGCGGAGUGCAAAAUUUGCACCCAAGGAGUAAAAUACUGUGGCAAUACGUCCAACUUAAGUAAACAUUUAAAAAAACAUCCAAAUGUAUUGGAACCCGGAACGAGUGGUUCAACAAGAAAAACUUGUAAACAAUUGAAAUUAGAUGUGACACCUUAUUGUAAAUUUGUAACCUGCCUUAAACAAACUAGUAAUAUUGUUCUUUCAACAACCAUUGUACAAGAUCCCGAAUCUGAGACAGAGGAAUGUGUAGAUGAUCCAAAUUUAAAACGACCAAUUAUUGAUUCAUUUAACCGAAUCAGCUCAUAUGCAGAGGGUGGUUUCAAUCAUAGGAAAAUCACCAUGUAUUUACUGUACUUUAUUUGUAAAGAUUACCGACCUUUUGCUGUUGUAGAAGGAGAAGGAUUUAAGAGAUUAUUCAAAGAAUUGGCGCCAUCAUAUAAAAUCCCUUCGGUUACAACAUUGAAAAAUGCUCUUGAUAAUAAAUAUGAGGCCACAAAAGAAUUAUUAAAAGGUUGUUUGUUGGCAGCACCACAUGUGUGUAUUACAUUGGAUUCAUGGACUGAAACGAUGAAUGAAAAAAGUUUUCUUGGUGUGACAGUACACUACCUCAAGGAUAUAUCUAUUAAAUCACAUUGUUUAGCCGUUGCAGAACUGAAGGAAAGACAUUCUGCUCAAUAUAUCAGUGAGAUUCUAGAUAAAAUUCUUUCAGACUGGCAAAUUGAUAAAAGUAAAAUUUUUACUGUUGUAACGGAUGAUGGUGCAAAUGUAGUUGCUGCCGUUAAUAAAACAUUCGGCAAGAGUAGGCAUACUCCAUGCUUUGCACAUACCAUUAACCUAGUGGCAACACAUACAGUUGGUCAAAAAAAUAUGAAACCUAUAAUUUCCAAAGUAAGAGAAAUUGUAAAAUGGGUGAAAAACAGCGUCAUCCACAGUGAUCAAUUGAGAAAAAAACAGUCUAAAGCUGGAUUCCUGAGGGAAAAUUUAAAAAAUUAA